UAUCUGGCAGCCGGGAGGGAGAAAGGGAAGUGCCUUUGAUCUCUCUUCUCCUCAGUGGAGUGAUAGCGAUUAGAUGGCAACAGAGGAUGUGAAGAGGAGCGAAUCGGCAGCAGUAUCAACGAUCGUGAAUCUGGCGGAGGAAGCGAGGGAAGGAGUCAAAGCUCCGGGUUAUGCUGUCCUCAGCAUCUGCAAGUCUCUCUUCGCCGGUGGCGUCGCUGGUGGGGUGUCACGAACUGCAGUUGCACCUCUGGAAAGGAUGAAGAUAUUGCUUCAGGUCCAAAAUCCACAUAACAUAAAGUAUAAUGGGACAGUCCAAGGGUUGAAGUAUAUUUGGAGAACGGAGGGGCUUCGUGGUCUGUUCAAAGGAAACGGCACCAACUGUGCUCGUAUUGUUCCUAAUUCUGCUGUCAAAUUUUUUAGCUAUGAGCAAGCUUCCAAGGGUAUACUGUACAUGUAUCGUCAGCAGACAGGAAAUGAAAAUGCACAACUCACUCCUGUUUUACGGCUUGGAGCUGGUGCAACUGUGUAGGAGAUGGAUUACAUCUCUCCACAAGGUCCAUCGAAUAACAGGCCCUAGUCCGGCAAGCUUGACCAGUUUAGUCGGUUUAAGCGGCUAAAGGUGUCGGCUCGACCCAGAGUACUUUUAGCCGAUCAGCUAAGCCGAUUAAAUACGCUCGGCUUAUAGAGAACAGUACCAAGGCCCGCAUACUCGGCCUUUAACGCCAGGGCCCAAAGGACGACACGAUUAGGGCAUCACGGACGGUUACACUAUAAGAGGGGGAUGAGGAGACAACGAAAGGGAGACUUUUGGACAACACACACAGAAGCGGCUAGAUCUAGGGUUUCCUAAUCAUCUCUUUGAUCCUGUUGCUUAAACCUUUGAUCUUGUCUCCUUAUUUCCCGUCAAUCUUGUAACCUCUUGUUUGAUUCUAAUAAAAGCGUCUUUAGUCACCCCAUUCCUACGUUCAUUAUUCUAAUCAACUGAAUCCUGCAUAAACAAUUGGCGCCAACCGUGGGGCCGACUAAAGUAACGUUCUAGAUCUACAUGGUUCAAAACGACGCCACCCUCGGCGCUCCAGGCGGCGAACCAACCCCAACGCCCGAAGCCGCGCCGCCCAUCACCACAGAUUUCAUGAGCUCUAUCAUGGCUCGACUUGCUCAUCAAGACGAAGUCCAAAAGACGACCAACGACCAGUUAGCUGCUCUGGUCGCGGCCCUCACAGCUCCCGACGGCCAAACAAGCCGUCCCCAGUAGAUACGCCGUCGCCUCUUUAGCACCAACCCGACGGCGACCGGAGGCGAACAUCUCUCAGACGACUCCGAGCCUAACGAAACCCUUCUCGCCGACCACCCCCCGGUAGGUUCUGAUCUGGCAACCAUACGCGAGCUCGCCGAGCUCAAACUCAGUUUCCAACAAAUGAGCGAGAAGAUCCAUCAAGUAACCAGCGCGGCCCCGCAAAUCGAGAGCGUCCUCGCCGCAACCUCACGCACUCCGUUUACUAGUGCUCUGACCAGCGUCCUACCCAGAAAAAUAGAAAAACUGCGCCUGCCCAAGUACAAACCCGGCGGAGACCCGGUGGAACACAUGACAGCUUUCAACAUUGCGAUGGCUCGGGCUUGACUCCCAAAAGAAGAAAAGGACGCAGGCUACUGCCAACUGUUCGUCGAAACUCUCCACGAGCAAGCCCUAACCUGGUUUUCUCAGUUAGAAGAAAACUCCAUCGGAAGUUUCCGCGACUUGUCAGCAGCUUUUCUCAAGACUUACAUUAUGUUCACCAAGCGCAGCGCUACUGCCUCUAGCUUGUGGAACCUCAACCAAACCAAAGACCAGAGUCUUCGCGACUACAUGGAGAAGUUCAAAACCGUAGUCUCAAGGAUUGACAUUCCAGACGGUAUCGCCAUAGACGCCUUGCGGAACACGUUGUGGGUUCGUUCUAAAUUCUGGGAGGAUUUAUACCAAAACCUAACUACGUCGCUCCAGGACGCUAUCGCGCGAUCUCACAACUUCAUCCGAAUGGAAGAAGAUACUAACGUCAUUCUCAGCAAGAUGAACGCACCCAAAGCGCCAGCGGCUAAAAACGCCAACACGCGACAAGAACAGCGCCAGCAUGCUCCAACCGACAAAAACGGCCGCAAAGACGGAUACAUGUAUGUCGUCAACGAGAACAACGUGCCGGUUUCAACUCUCGUAGUCCGCGGCGAGGGAUGUAACAAGUGGGUAAGGGAGCUCGAUUCGCCCGACAAAACAGUCGAUACUGUUUGCACCACACAACCAACAGCCGGAGCCGGGUCAGCAGCGGGGUCUUCCAGGACCGUCGAUCUCACCAAGCACUGCAAAUAUCACGACGUCAAGGGACAUGAUACCACAGAAUGCAAAUCACUCUACGCUCAUUAUCUCUCGUCACUUGCGAGCGGUGAAUUUAAGUUCGAACCCUUGAAAGCUAAACCAAAGAAUGGCAAGAGCUGGAGCAAGAACAAGGAAAGAAGAGCCCAGCGCAAAGCCACCGGCAAAGGUCGGCAAAACGACGCUCAACGACAAGACGACGAGGAGGAAACCCCGAAGGAUAACGGUGGGGGAGACUCCUCCGCCGACGAAGAGCAUCCUGCUAAUCGCAGACGCAUCGAGGUUAUACUCUCUCAGCAAUCUUUGUCGUCCGACGACGAUAACGACGAUGCGCCUGUACUCGGAGAUCUGAGAGACGUCCUGAAGCGGAAGUUCGAGUCCGAAAAUGAUAGCAGUCCCAAGCACAAAGAUCUACGGACGAUGCUGGACACACGGAAGUCUCGUCGUAUCUCGACAAGCGACGCUAACAACAACAAAGGGCCAAUUACAGACCUCCGAGAUAAACUCAACGCUGGCGCCUGCGACCUUCGCAUACAGCUCAACCGUUCAAAACCAACAGACUUACGACGACAGUUGGAGCAAGCUAAAGGUCAUUUUCAACCCCCAGCGCAUGACACCAACAUAUCCACAGACCUCCGCACCUUGCUAGACUCUAAGCGAGUACAAAAGGGACAGUCGUUGAAUGUCAUCAUGGGAGGCUCCCCUCCUAGCGGAGACACUGUCCGUUCUGUAAAAGACUAUCGUCGACAGGUCGCGACUUCCCAGAAGUGGCCGACUAAACCGACAAGUCAUCUUCCGAUAACCUUCUCACCGGACGACGCUGAAGGAGUUCACGCUCCGCAUAAUGAUCCUCUUCUCGUCGUCCUUGGAAUUGGAGAGUAUGAUGUCACCAAGAUCCUCAUUGACACCGGAAGUUCCGUCGACCUCAUCUUCCGAGGAACUCUACAGAAGAUGGGAGUUGAUCUUGACGACAUAAAAGCGUCUUCCAGGACAUUAACCGGAUUCAAUGGAUCCUCCGAAACUAUCUUGGGAACGAUCCGCCUCCCGGUACGCGCGUGUGGCGUUACUCGAACGGUUAAGUUUGCCGUUGUAAGCACAAAAGUUCCUUAUCACGCUAUACUCGGCACCCCUUGGCUACACUCGAUGCAAGCCGUUCCUUCCACCUACCACCAGUGCGUCAAGUUCCCUGGUACGGACGGAAGGAUAAAAACGCUACGAGGGGAUCAAAAGGCCGCUAGGGAUCUCCUAUUCGCCACAGUCAAACUCCAACGGUCAUCUCUACCCGUUAAUUUUGUGUCUCCCCCAACCUCAAAAGUCUGUUCCCAGGAAAGCGAGAUUCUCGAGUUACCUAUUGACGACGCCGAUCAAAGUCAAACCGUAAGGGUUGGUGCAUACCUUUCUGAGGAAAUGCAGCAGUCAAUUCUGAACUUCCUCAGGAAGAACGUGUCUACAUUCGCUUGGUCUAUGGCAGACAUGAAAGGCAUUGAUCCGACUAUAACGACUCACGAGCUAAACGUCGACCCGACAUUCAAACCUAUCCGCCAGAAGCGACGUAAGCUCGGCCCUGACAGGUCGAAGGCCGUAAACGAAGAAGUUGACAAGCUACUCGGCGCAGGUUCGAUCGCUGAGGUCCGCUACCCCGAAUGGUUGGCAAAUCCGGUAGUCGUCAAAAAGAAAAAUGGCAAGUGGCGCGUCUGCGUCGACUUCACCGAUCUGAAUAAAGCCUGCCCAAAGGAUAGCUACCCUCUUCCCAACAUUGACCGUUUAGUCGAGUCUACGGCCGGAAACGAGAUGCUGACCUUCAUGGACGCCUUCUCUGGAUACAAUCAAAUAAUGAUGCACCCGGAUGAUCGCGAGAAGACAGCCUUCAUCACAGAUAAGGGAACCUACUGCUAUAAGGUCAUGCCGUUCGGUUUGAAGAACGCCGGAGCAACCUACCAACGACUUGUAAACAAGAUGUUCGCAGAUAAGCUGGGCAUCACUAUGGAAGUGUACAUCGACGACAUGUUGGUUAAGUCGCUCCAUUCCAUUGAUCACCUCCGUCAUCUUCAAGAAUGCUUCGAAACUCUCAACAAAUACGGCAUGAAGUUGAACCCAGCAAAGUGCACAUUCGGAGUCUCUUCAGGCGAAUUCCUCGGCUACAUAGUCACACAGCGAGGAAUCGAGGCAAACCCGAAGCAAAUAUCCGCGGUCCUGAACCUCCCAAGUCCGAGGAACAGUAGAGAAGUACAACGGCUCACGGGCCGGAUAGCUGCUCUAAAUCGUUUCAUCUCCAGAUCCACCGACAAGUGCCUCCCCUUCUACGAUCUCUUGCGAGGAAAUAAGAAGUUCAUUUGGGAUGAGAAGUGUGAGGAUGCAUUUACUCUACUCAAGCAAUACCUGACAACACCUCCAGUACUCGCUAAGCCGGACAUAGGUGAUGUUCUAUCUCUCUAUGUCGCGGUGUCACAAGCUGCUGUCAGCAGCGUUCUGAUAAAGGAAGACCGCGGCGAACAAAAGCCCAUUUUUUACACAAGCAGACGCAUGACCGGACCAGAGACGCGAUACCCGACUCUGGAAAAGAUGGCUUUAGCAGUUGUCGAGGCAGCAAGAAAGCUUCGACCGUAUUUCCAGUCACAUUCAGUGGAGGUACUGACUGAUCAACCUCUCCGAACGAUACUCCAAAACACCAACAGAUCUGGCAGACUCACGAAGUGGGCCAUCGAACUCGGCGAGCUCGAUAUUACCUACAAGAACCGCACAGCGGCGAAGUUCCAAGUCCUCGCGGACUUCCUGGUCGAGUUGGCCCCAGAAUUGGAACAAGAUCUUAUACUCCCAAGCUCAAACUGGACCCUUCACGUCGACCGGAGUCCAACUACAGUCCCCGACCGGAGAGCUAAUCAGGCAGUCUUUUAGCUUUGGCUUUCCCGCGUCAAACAACGAAGCAGAAUACGAAUCUCUGAUCGCCGGACUCCGCUUAGCAAAAGCCGUAAAAGCUAAACGACUAAGCGCCUAUUGCGACUCUCAAUUAGUCGCCAGUCAGUUCAGCGGCAA